UAGGAGUUAUGACCCCUGACUUAGUUAAACAUUGGUCAUUUUAAUGUUGUGUUGUGCGUAACUCCAAAAGUAUUUGGCCUAGAGUCACCAAAGUUUACAGGAAUGUUGGUCAGCAUGUGCAGUUGUGCACCUGUGGUUUCGCGUCCGGAUUCAUUUAGUAUUGUAGGAGUUAUGGCCCAUGACCUGGGAAAAAAUGUCAUUUUAAUGUCAUGUAGUGGGGACAUCUGUGUCCCAUGGACACAUUUCUAGUUGCCACUGACCGUUCCAAGGCGGUGCCCCACUGUGUUCCUUUGUUUGUUCGUUUUGUCUUAUGUGUUGGCUUUGUGUGCGCGCGUGUGUGUGUGUUGUUCGUUUUGUCCUUAUGUGUUGGCUUUGAGUGUGUGUGUGUGUGUGUGUGUGUGUGUGGUGCACGCGUCUGCGUGCUGGGGGUUUCGUUUUGAGGAGGCUGCGUUUUUGGUGCGUGGCAUUCCCUGUUUGAUAUUUUUCUUUGUUUUUUUUUUUAUCAGACUUUACAAACCUGGGUGUUUUUGAUACCAUCAGGAUAAUCAUCUUAUGUUUCACAACCGGAAAUAGCUACAUGCAUAAAUGCAUUCUUAACUCCUGAUGCAAGGUUAAGUGUUCUCUCGACAGCAGUUAUUAAACAUGAAUCACAUUCUGGUAUUGUUUGGAACAGUCGUUGCAGUGGCGUGUGUGACCAUUGCCCAGGCAGCCGCAGAUGAUUGUAAAAUAGACUAUUUGGCCAAUCAGACAAAAUCAUCGAAAGAGUAUAUCGCAGAGGGCUGUUAUUCUGUGAGAUGCGAUAAUCUGUCUCUUACAGAGGUUCCAAAGGACUAUCCCGACCCACCGACAAACAAAUCACUUUGCUUCCUUGACCUUAGCUGGAAUAACUUUGACCAGCUUAAAAAUAACUCGUUUGUCAAUGCUGCUAAUUUGAACACUUCAUUGAUUCGAAAUCUUUAUCUGGACAAUUCGAAUAUUUCUUACAUUUCGUCGAAUGCAUUCUUGGGCCUGUCUGGUCUGUUGUAUCUCAAUUUAUCUGGAAACAAUCUAAUCUGGCCAAGCGGAUUCGGUAAAGGUAUUUUCAAACCAUUGUCAAAUCUCACAUACUUGAAUAUUAAAGAAAAUAAUUUACAAACAUUUGAAGGGUUGGGAGUGGAGUUGGGAUACACAAAACUAGGAGGAAUCUACGCUGAACUAUGCGCCAAUUGCACAUUCGGUAAAGAAUUUGAACAACUUGAACAUCUGGUCAAUCUAAGCUUAUCCGGACGUUCUAAAGGUGCUUGCAAUGUUUCGGUUGUCCAUAACAAUACAUUUGAAGGCCUAACAAAGUUGCAGCGCCUUUGGCUAUCAUCCUGUAAUAUCAGGGAAAUAGAAGCGAACACCUUCAAUCCAUUAAAUAAAAGUCUGAUCUUACUGGAUAUCUCGUACAAUGAAAAAAUGAAUUUUACAAGAAUGAACACAGCUUUAUAUGGUUUGAGGAACUCUUCAAAACUUGAAGUUUUAAAUGUGAAUCGGAUUCAUAACGUGCAUGAUCUCGGUGUAGCCGUAAAAAAACGUGACCUUGAAAAUCUUAGCACACUACGAUCGCUAAUUACAUUGCAUAUGGAUCUUAACAAGAUAGAAAUAUUUGACGAGGAAAUCUUUGAUCCAAUAUUUAUGUUUCCUAGUUCGCUUAGAGAUCUGACAUUAUCUGGGAACAGAUUAUCAUUCGGAAAAUAUAUAAACUUCAUUCACAACGCUACGAAUAUCACUUGUCUCGACAUAUCCAGACAACACUUGUAUUACGACCCUUUCCUGUAUGAACAUUUUGAACCCGAAAACAUACAAGAAGAUUCGAAAACCGCAAACAAGUGCAUGCAGUAUGAACCUUCAGAAUUCCCCAAUGAUACCUGUAAUGACAGUUGUUCCAUUUGUAUUCCUCCGAAUUUACAUCGCAUAAAAUGGAGAAAAAGCUUCCUCAAUUUUAAUACAGAAAUGACUCUUAACAUUUGCGGAGCAAACAAUCUUUCACAUUUAGAUUUGUCAUUUAAUUUGCUUACCGAAUGGAAAGGUUCAAUUAAAGGAUUAGAGCAUCUGAAACAUCUGGACCUUUCUGAAAAUUACUGCAGUGAGGUAGCUCCGGCAUUCUUUGACAAUUUUAGACAAUUAAAGCAUCUUAAUAUCUCUGGAAACAUUUUAGGAGUGUCAUUUGGCCAAACCUCUUCUUUUAAUCUGUCAAACAAUAUAUUUAGAAACUUAACGCAAAUUACUGUUCUUGACCUCUCAAAUAAUAGGAUUGAACGAUUUUCAGAUAAGCAAAUUUUCAAAGAUUUGAGAAAUAUAGAGGUUAUGUAUUUACAUUCAAACCUGAUGGGUGACUGGGAGUAUGUAAUGCCAGAGAGCAAAUCGCUGAAAUUACUAGAUUUGUCACGAAAUAAGUUAAGCACUCUUUCGGAAAAAUUAAGAGCCUAUUUAGACCGACUUUGUCAAGGCACACUCUGCAAUGUAAGUCUCAUUCUAGAAAAUAAUCCCCUGGAAUGCAGCUGUAAGACAUUGUCUUUUCUAAAAUGGAUGUUGUCUACAAAAGUGGUCGUUGAAAGGGACGAAUGCAGAUUUAAUACAGAACAGCGUAAUAUAUCGGAGAAUGAAGCAUUGCACGCAAUGAUAGAAACUUUGGAAAAGAAAGAAUAUCUCGACAGAAGCUGGCAAACGUGGACUGUUGGAAUUAUUUGCGCGAUUGUCGGCUGCUUCACGAGUAUUGUGAUCGGCGUAGUGGUUUACAAAUAUCGAUGGAAACUGAGAUAUCUAUAUUACAGUAGAAACCGACGAUUUAAUCAUGAAGGGUUCGAACGUCUGUUUGAAAAUGACGCAUUUGUGUCUUAUUCUAAGUGUAAAGCAAGUUUCAUAAAAAAUAAGAUGGUACCGUCACUUGAGGAGCAACGAGGUCUUCGGUUGUGGGUGACAGACAGAAACUCAAUACCGGGCACAUCAAUUGCUGAAACUAUCACGCAUGGUAUAUAUAAUAGCCGGAAGUCGGUCCUUCUUAUUGACACGGACUAUCUCAAGGACAGCUGGUGUGAUUAUGAAAUGAAUAUGGUACAUGUUGAAUCCACCGAGGCAAGGAGAAAGCUUAUCAUUAUAGUUCUAAUGGAAAACAUUCCUCUGGAAAAUCUACCCAUAAAUGUCAUGCGCUUCCUUCGCAGUGAAAGGUCACUUGAAUAUCCAGAGCACGGGCACGACUUGGACGUAUUUUGGACAAAUCUUGCAGAUGAAAUCAUGAGUUGAAUUAUGAAUAGUUUAAUAUUCAAAAGUUUUUGUUUACUCGAGCAUAAUAUAUUUACACGUUUCUUAUCUGAUAAAUGCUGUUAAAAACAGUGUCCACAAUAAUCAAAAUUCUGCAUUUAAAAUUUAGGUACAAUAUAAUCUGUGAAAAGAUCCCUUGGAUGCAUUGAACGCAACAAAACAUGGUUGAUUUGAAUAUUUGUCGGUAGACAUUUUUCUGCUGUGUUUCUUCUUUAUAUAAAAUAUCUUCCCAUUUGACUUUAUUUUCAUUUUAUAUUUUCAUUUGUUUUUCAUACAAGUUUCUUUUUAGAUAGAGUUGUAAGUAAUGAUUCACUGUUUCUGACUUCCAUCUUUAUGUUUCGUUGGAUACAUUUAACUACUGAUGAUACUUUAAAUAAUCUGUAUUUUCCAAAUCAUAAAUAUACAUUAUACUUGAAGUUUUGGAAUGAAUAGAAACUAUUUGUUGUAUUGCCAAAGAAAUGUUGUAUAUAUUUAAUGCCUUUUUCAUAUAAUUUCUUUCUAGAAAAAAAAUGUUUUUGAUUUAAUUUUUAUAUCAUGACUUUGUGUUGUUCCAUAAGAUUUGAUGACUUACUUCUGUUUCAUUUUCAUUAUCUUUUAUGGGUGUCCAUGUUAAUAAUAUGUCUUUUUAAGAAAGUGUUGUCUUUGCACAUCAUUCCAAUAUAUCUUUUGUUAAAUUAAUGUCCUUCCAUUUUACACAUUAUG